UCACAUAGACACAAGUAGAUAAGCACAAGUAAGUGUUGCCUGAAUAAUUAAUAACAAUUAACAAGCAUGUCGAAACCUUUCAAUAAAGAAGGAAGUGGUAAAAAGUAUUUGAAAAGGAAAGUUCAAAAUAGGGUAAAUUGUUUAUUAGCUUCAUACAAUCAUAAUAGUCAAAAUAACUGUAUGAGCCUACCUUCAGCACUUCAUGUGAAUUCACUCCAACCUAUAGCAGUUUCACAAAGUUCAGCAUGUGAUUUAAAUUGUAUAAGUAAUGAUGGGAUUAAUUCAGAAAUUCUAUUGAACACACAAGAUACUCUUCAGCUUUGUCAACCAAUAGAGCCAUUAAAUUAUGACUCUUCCGAUGAUAUUUCUACUCGUAUUUCCGAUUUUUCUUUAGAAUUAGCUAAAUGGGCUGUACAAGAAAAUGUACCACUUUCUACUUUGGGUAAACUAUUAAUAUUACUAAAAGGAGAUUAUCCUGGAACACAAUUAAAAAGUUUACCGAAAGACCCCAGAAGCCUUUUACGUACUCCCACCGUAACUGAUUUAAGACAAUUAGGAACUAAUGGCUGUUAUUAUUACUUUGGAAUACACGAAAGCUUAAUGAAUCUGUGUAACAAAUCUGUAAAACUAUCAUCAACAGAUAUGUUUUCUAUUGCUGUCAAUAUUGAUGGAGUGCCUUUAUUUAAAAGCUCUAAUGAAUCUUUUUGGCCUAUAUUAUGUAUGGUAAAAUCAAUUAAGGUAUUAGAUAAAAAAGUGUUUUGUGUGGGUCUUUAUAAAGGUGUCGGAAAACCAGAAGCCAAUGAAUUUUUAACAGAUUUUGUUAAUGAAUGUAUUCAUUUAGUUAAUAAUGGUCUUUUGAUAAAUUCACAAAAAUAUAAGUUCCGGGUUUCAAUGCUGAUCUGUGAUGUACCUGCUAAAGCAUAUGUUUUGUACAUAAAAAGUCACUCUGCUUUUUUUUCUUGUACUAAAUGUUGCUUGGAAGGAGAUCUGCAUAAAAAUGUCUUAUGUUUUUUAAACACAAAUUUUCAACAGAGAACAGACUUUUCUUUUAGAAACCGAUCACAAUCUGAACAUCAUACUGGAAAAAGUUUAAUAGAAAACAUACCUGAUUUUAAUAUGAUCAAUAAUGUUCCAAUUGAUUACAUGCACUGUAUUUUGUUAGGAGUAGUAAAGAGAUUAUUAUGUAAUAAAAGAUAUGGUUGGGUUUAUGGUAAACCGCCCCAUAAACUUCGUGCUUCAGACAUUAAUUCGAUAAGUAAUGAGCUACUAAAAUUAAAAAAGUUUAUACCAAGAGAAUUUGCCCGCAAACCAAGAUCUUUAAUUGAAUGUAAAAGAUAUAAAGCAGCAGAAUUUAGACUCCUCCUAUUAUACACUGGUUUAAUAGUUUUUAGGAAAGUAUUACCAUCUAAAAUUUAUAAUAAUUUUGUUUGCCUUAGUAUAGCUACUCUUAUAUUAGUUAGUAAAGAAUUUUCAGCCAAUAAUAUUUUUGUGGACUAUGCAAAUGAUUUAUAUAAACAUUUUAUACUCAAUUCAAUACAAAUUUACGGUCCAGAUUUUAUAUCGCACAAUGUUCAUAAUCUUCUACAUUUGUCAGAAUGUGUAAAACUUUUUGGUUGCCUUGACAGUUUCAGUGCUUUUCCAUUUGAAAAUUUUAUGCCACAAUUAAUAAAAAAAGUACGAAAAGUUGCUAUGCCUCUUCAGCAAGUUGUUCGAAGAACAAUUGAACAAAGACAGCUAGGGCCGUUGGAGUUAAACCCCAGUAAUAGUAAUAGAACUAAAUUUCUUAUUAAACAUUAUUCUGGACCAUUAUUGCAAAACUGUAAUUCUCCUCAAUAUAAAGCUAUGCAAACAAAUGAAUAUUUUUUAAAUGUGAGCAAGGUAUGUGACCGAUUUGUGGAACUUAAGGAUGGAAACAUUGUUGAGAUUAAAAACUUUGCUACAUAUCAAGCGUCUGUGGUCAUUAUAGGAUUAAUAUAUAAGAAAUCAGAAAGUUUCUUAAAAAAACCUUGUAAUUCUUCUCAUUUUGGCAUUAAUUUCAUUUCUAAAAUUGACAAUGUACAAUAUAGUUUUCCAGUAACCUCAAUUUCGAAAAAAGUGAUGGUUUUACCAUACAAAAAUAAAUUAGUUUCAUUUCCAUUACUACAUCUGUAAUGGUUUAAUUUUCUAAGUAGAUAGUAAUGUUUUUUUUCUCAUAUUGUGUGAUUAUUUUUAUAUUUGUUAUUCUUUUUGGACUUCAGUUAAGUAAUUUUUGUAAACAAAAUUUAGCUUUUAAUCGUACUAACAGUUCUUGAAAUCAUGGGUUGGGCUGUUAUAAAAUUCACCAAUGAAAAUGCAGUAGAAGUGGUACCUACAAAAUGGUUUGUACGUUCUUCUAAGGAAUGCUUUUGGCCUCCAACGCAUACAAAAAAAUCUAAAAUCAUAGAUUUCAUUAAAAUUGGACAGGAUCCGGGAGUAGAAUGGAAAGCAUAUCCAGCAAUGUUGAUGGGCGAAUAUGAUGACUUCAACAUUGCCCAAAGAAAAGCGACAAAGGCGCAAGAUACAGAUGAAUUAACUUCAGCUGCGGAGAGUUUUAUUAAAGGUAGAGGUUAUAGAAAGCCACAAAGAAAUAGAAGGUAUAAUGAUUCUGAUUCAAACUCGUCAGGUGACGAAUCGCCUGAUGAUAACAUCUAUCCUAUACUAAGAAAAGAUAUAGCAGUACGUAAAUCAGAAGCUUUGUUAACUAAAUCAAGCAGCUCAGCAUGUGAUGCACCAGUAAAGAGAAGUGAAACAUUACAUACAUCUGAUUUUUUGGAUUUGCAACAAAAUUAUGAAGACUUGGAAAAGACAUCAUCUCAUAACAAGUAUGGACAAAAUCAACAUAGACGUGAAAGUGUUUCCACAUUGGAACGGCAGACAAGUGUGCUUAUUUCUCAAAAUAAAUUGAUUGAUGCUGCUGAUGAAGAAACUACUUCCAUUAGGACUGAGUCGUCACAGAGCUCAUCAACUAAUAUUCCAAGACAUACAGUACCAAAUGACGUAGAUUUUAAAAGGAUUAUUCUCAGUGAAAUAAGUUUGUUAAACUUGAAAUUAAAUACAGCUUUGGAGAAGAUUGACUCAUUAGUAAAAAUAAGGAGAAUUGAAACUGAAUUCCCUCUUAUGAACCUUGAACAAGUUCCUCAAAUUUUAUAUCUACUUCCAAUUGUGAAUGAUGCUGAUUUAAAAACAUUGGAAGAUUGGUUAAAGGAGAGAAACAAUCAAAAACUAAUGAUUAAAGAACUCUCAAGAAUUGGCGGAAAUUCAGUAAACCAAGUUACACGGAAAAUUAUGUAUCGAACAGUAUCAAAUAAAAUUGGAAUGGAAUAUUCGUGGGAAGGUGCGAAGAAGAAAAAACCAUUUAAAAGUUUGGGAUUAUCUGUGGUUAUUUUAGAAAGUGUACGAAUAUGUUGUACAAAUGCAACAGAAACUGAAAUAGUUUCAGUAAUUAAAUUGUGGCUAGUCAGAAGUAAAGACAGGUUUGAGAAUUCUAAAACCAACCAAACCAAAACCCAAGUAAGAAAUGUACCGGAGACUGUGGAUGUAGAUUUGAAUGAAGAGAACUAACUGGCAAGGACAGUAUUAUAGGCAUUUAAAAAUAUUACUUAUAAAUAUAUUAUUAAUGUGCAAUAUGUACUAAAUAAAUAUAAACUGGCAAUUCUUA